AUGGGCCAGCUGCUGUCAUCAGAAGAGGAGAUCUCUGCGGUGAAACAUGCCAUUGGUAACCUUCUGUACCGGACCAUGCUGGAGGGUGGAGCUGUGCGUCAUCUCAGAGUAGUGAACCCCCUGCUGUUGGCCAAUCACAAUGAAGACCCAGGAGUCUGCUUCCAGGCGCAAAUGCUACAGCUGCAGGGUGAAAUUGGCAACAAGGUACCCGCCUACCUGAAGGAUCUGAUUGGACGACUCUCAUCAUUCUCGGACGAGCCCCGUCUGGCCGGGCUGCUGGGACUGGCUGUCAGUAUGGUAAUGGACCUGCUUGUCAUGUCCUCAUCCGGGCUGAAAAAGAAGGCGACUGGUUCAUCUUCAUCCCAGCAGAGAGUGCGAGAGCUUCAGGAAGUUAUGGAGGAGUACUUGAAACGCUGCAGGAUCAACUUGGCUGAUAAAUCCCGACUCGUGCAGGACUCUCUGAGAAUGGAGGCCCAGCUCAGCUUCUCGCUGACCCAGCUGAAAAUCUCCCUGGUGGGCGGAGAUUGCGACUCACAGUCUUUGAGGUUCUGGGCUAGCGGAGCAGCGUUCCAUACCCAAAUGUUGAUUCACCUGGCUGUUCUGGAGGGGCUGGGGGAGCCCCUGUCAGCAAGAGCUGUGCUGGACCAAUACAAGGAAGACCUGGCCCAGAUCCUACCCGCUUACAGGUGUUAUAAGAUCAAUACGGUGUGUGUGGUGAAAUGUCGAGGAGUCAUGUCUGCGUUGUCGUGCGAAUUGCACGAUGAAGGAUCCAUGACGGGGCUGACGCUCACCGACAGGGAAACGGGAAAGAGCGUCAGUGUCACUCUCGCCGCCCUGGAGGCAGAGAUAGCACUUAACCUCCAUGUUACAGCUUCGUCAUCCUCGCUCGACCCCGACCUGAUCACUUCACAUCAGUACGCCCAGGCGUACGUGGACCGGCUCUUCUCUGGAGAGGGUCCCGUGGAGGAGCUAAAGAACUACUUCACCAAGGCCAGCGACAAGCUGAAAGCACUGAGAUUCGGACCGCCGCCGGGUUGUCUGAUCAGGAGAGCCAAAGACCAAGGACAAUGUGAAGGACACACGCUGGAAACACAGGACAGAACAGAAAAAAAUGAGCAAAGGAGCGAUAAAAAGUUGAAGUUGAGUAUUGUGGAAAGCCAUGUAAAACAAUAACACCAACAGAACUAACGCCUUUAACUUUACAGCACAUUUUUUUCCUCCUGACCUUUACUCUAUCCAAGUGAAGGCAACGUGACACACCGAGUGACAUUCACAGUCACAAGUUACGUGUCGGUUUAAAACACGCAAGCGCGGCUUCCGCUCCGAUUACUCCUCGCCGAACGGCGCCCGAUUGCUGUUAUUACUCUCGUCUUGCUCUUUUCCACACAGGCUGGCGGAUAGUUGACUUUCACACAGUUCAACAGAGAUGGAUAGCUGGCUAUUUCUUUUCUUCUCAGGUGGUUGUUGUUGCGGGCGCGUCGCUGCGGCAACGGGGAAAAAGCGCCGCUCUAACUCCACAAGGGUUUGCACUACCGCCCACGGGCCCUCUCAGCAGAGAACAAAGUUGGUCAUGCAGGAAAGAGACAGAGAGGGAAAUGGAUGGAAAGGAUAGGUGAUGAAGGCAAGAUGAUAAAUAGGAUGGAGCAGAAUGGUGAAAGGAUUGAAGUGGUACUUGUGCUACAUACUGGCGGGAAGUGAGAAUUUUUUUUUUUUUAUCUAGAACUGCUUCGAACAAAGUACAUGAAUGGAGAAGAGUUUGUUGGUUGUGAUUGAAUCGUUCUUUUUGGGGUCCCUAAUAUUGUGGACUGGCAAUAAAAGCAUACCAUACACUGGAGGGAAAAAAAACUUCAUUAAAUGGUUUUCUUUUAACAAUAA